UUGUAAACUCGGUGAAGGUAAAGAUGAGUUUCCACCGGUGGUCCCGCAGUGUCUAGCCAAAACUUCCAACCCAAAGUGUCGGUACUGGUGGUGCUCCUUAAAACUGAGCAAAAAGUUUUCCACGUUUGCAAAGUUUUUUCGGGGGAAAAACUCGCCGAAAAGUUUUUCACACCCCUCGUCAGCGUCGUCCCGGCUAAAGUUUGGGACCCCUCGACGGGCCCCAACCUUCGAGAAAAACUUUGCCGGAAAACUUUGGCGCGCGAAAAGUUGGAAAAGUUUGGCGAAAGUUUUGUGCCAACUUUGAGUGAGGGUGUUUUGAAAAGUUUGUGUGAAAAGUGCAACAACGCUCUCUCGGUCGGUCGCGGCAAAAAGACAAUUAUAUUUGGGUGUGGAAAAAGUUUUCCACCAAGCUCGAACUUUUCCGGCAGAAGCGGGGAGCGGCAAUUAGUUUUCCGCGAACACGGGGAAAAUCUCAACCGCAAAUCAGCUGAGCUGAAGUGAAAGGCUGUUUUGGAAGGAAGGAAAGGAAAAAUCGCGGGAAAUAAAAACACACGCAUUGAAAAUAAAGCGGUGAUACGCGAAAACGAAAGGAACCGGAAAAGGGAAAUGCAAUGAACGGAAAAGGGGUUUGAAAGUUGUUGUUCCUUUAUUAUUUGUUUUGUUUUGGGAAAAUGUGCAAUUGAAACGAGGAGAAUUGUGUGAAGCGAGGAAAAAGUAUUGUGUGGAUAAAGCUGAAACAGAUCAGCGGAAAAGGAUACUGAGGGACAAAAGAUUUGUGCAAUUAACCGAGCGAUAGAGAUUGCUGCGGAGUGUGUUAAAACUGCUGGAAGCAAGGAACCUACAAUAAUUUUAGUGUUAGAACGUACCGUACACCUAAACAAUACUUCAAAGUGCAAUAUCUAUACGAUUUCUACCGAUAUCAACAAGUUACACCAUUAUACUAGCGUAUUCCUAAGUGUUAUUUACAAUAGUGCAGCGAAAAUACAGAAAUACUACUCACAAUGAUCGAUAACAGUUACUCGUACGUAACGCGGGAUAACCUGCGUUACACCGAUCUCAACGAUGGCCGGUCGUACGCCCAGAUGAGCACCCUGUCGUCACCUCCCUCGAUGGGCAACCGGCUCGGCGAGUACGACACGUCACACCUGACCAAUCACCGACCGUACGACCCGGCACCCCAGACGGCCUUCGAGCGGUACGACACCAGCUACCCGCCCCAGCGGAGCAAUCUCUACCCUUCCUACGGAUACUCCCAACCCCUCAUCGAUGACGAGCAGAAAUACAUGUCCGCAGAACCGCCGGCACCGCCGGAAGUCGCACCCGGCCAGCAUCACCUCAACCUGGCCCCGCUCCCAACCGGACCCGAUCGACACCCGCACCCCAUGAUGAAGGUCGAAAUGGACGAGGCCUCGGGCCCGAUUUACCCCCGUCCCAUGUACCAUUACGACCCAACCGGGACCUGCGGAACCGGCCUUCCGCCCGGCUUCUCGGCCAUCAAUCUGAGCGUAAAGGAAGCGAGCCCGCCCAUCCCAACCGGGUACAAAACGAGUGGCACUCCGUCGCCCAAUCCGGGCAGUCGGAAACACCCGGACGAACGCAAGAUCUCCUCGACGAGUCCGGAACCGGGUGCAGGGAGUCCAUCCGCGGCUGGGCAUCGGAGUCCACAGGCUAGUUUGGAUUUGAGCUCCGGGAACAGCGGCGGCGCAAGUCCUCACUUUGCCCGGAAUCCAUCCGUACCGAACGGAACUAGCGGCGGAACGACCACCAGCGCUGCCCCCAACAACCCAACCAACAAUAACAAUACGAAUACCGCCAACCAGAACAACAACAACAAUAACUCAGUGUAUACGAACGAGGUCCCAGAAUCGCGUACCUCCGACGGUGGUGUCGUAGUGACCCAAACGGAAUUCACCAGCAGCGUAACGGAUCGUCCGCUUGGAAUCGGGUUCGCUCGGCCACAGCCCCCUUCCGCUUCGGCGUACAGUCGUGAAUCUACCCCGGACAGUGGUGGGUCCUAUUAUGCCGACACGUACCGUGACGCCAACGGUGGUGGCGAGUGCAACCCGGAUCGAACCGGAAGCAGUGUAAACGGUGGGGGAGGUGGAGGCGCCGGCGGUCAGAGCUUCUUCACUAGCGAAAACAUCUCGCCGUACUCGGCGGGGUACAGUCCGCACGCCAGCUAUGGGAUGGUCGUACAGCCGGACUAUGCGAACGGAUAUCCGGGCUAUGCGCCGAACGCGUACCAAUACAGCGGACCGUACGCGAGUUCGCUCGGUUCGGGGGUGUAUCCACCGGCGGUUCCCUCGGGCUAUCCACCGAGCAGUGGGGCCGGCUUCGUGAGUCCACCGUCACUGGGCCAGCACAUGUCGCCGCACGAUAACCUGUUGAAGGCUGGUCUUACCGGUUACCAGCGCCUCGACCGGCCCCAGUUCCCCUCCCAGUCGCAGGAGCUCAAGUGUCCCACGCCCGGCUGCGAUGGCUCCGGACACGCCACCGGCAACUACAGCUCACACCGGAGCCUCUCCGGCUGCCCGCGGGCCUCCAAGCCCAAGAGCAAACCCCGCGAUGGCCAAGAGUCCGAACCGCUGAGCAGAUGUCCGAUUCCGGGCUGCGACGGAUCCGGUCACUCGACCGGCAAGUUCCUGUCCCAUCGAAGUGCGUCCGGCUGUCCGAUCGCGUUCCGCAACAAGAUGCAUAUCCUGGAGAACGGUGGCACGAUGGAGCAGGCCAAGGCCGCGAUGCAGCAGGCCGCGGCCGGCAAGUAUGAGCCUUUUACGUGCACGACGCCGGGCUGUGACGGAACAGGGCACGCGGACGGAACGUUCACGAACCACCGAACGACGGCGGGUUGCCCGACGUCCGCGCCCGGAGGUGGCCAGGGUGGUGGUGGCGGAACAGGCCAACCGGGCACGAAGAAGGCCCGCUAUAGCGACGAGGUCUCCCUAAUGAACCCCAGCUCGGCGUCCAAAUCCUUCAACGAACUGGCCUACGCCCCGACGAAGAACGGACUGCUCGGCACUAGUGGCGGGACGGCCACCUCACUGUCCCUGAGCAAGGACUCCAUAGCGGGUCAAGUCAUUGGAGGACAGCCCCUGAACAACAACAACAACAACGCCCAGAACCCGAAUCAGAACAUUCCAGUCGGCGGCGGCGGCCAACCUCCCGCCGAGGACAUUCUGACCCUGGACGAGGAGAUUACCGAGCUUAAGCGGGAGAACGCCCGCGUCGAGCUGCAGAUGCUGCGGCUCAAGUCGAACAUCAACGCGAUGGAGUCCCAGCUGAGCAACAACAACGAGCCGGCGAAGCUGCUCGAGAUCGGGACGCGCGGGAUCACAUGAAAUUUCCUGACCUGUUAGAGCACACCGUUUUAGUUUCCGCAUGAGUGGUGACGGAUGAGUGACGAAUGAGUGACGACGCGCGUGAGAACCUCCCCCCAUCCCAUUGACGAACAAUUUGCACACUGUGUAUACUAAAAACAAGGAAGAGUGUGGUGUGGAUGAGGAAGAAAUCCAAGCAACCGAGAAAUCAAAGAAUCUUCAAGGUGAAGAAGAAGAACACAUGAUAUAACGAUAACACGAAGAAAACGCAGAAGAAAAAAAAACACAAACAAUGAAAAGAAGUAAACCUAGUCGAAAUGUGCUAUACGACUCAUUUUAAUUAUUAUUAUUAUUAUUGAAUGACAAGUAAAACAAAACAA